ACUGCAACCAACUGCAAUGCCGCCAUUACAGUACUCAGUCUGAGUUUUCAGAUGCUGUGAAAACGGGGAAAAAGUUCGAACUGUGGGUUUUGUUGACUUUUUAAGCUGUUAACAUAUAAAUCAAAUAGCAGUAUCAGUGUUUUAGGAGUGUUAAGCUUUUCGUUAUAAUACGACUAAAAUGGAUAGUGACGAUGGCGGGUCUACAAUCGGAACAGCAAGCACCGACACGAGUAUGUUUCUAAGAGAGCUUCAAGCUCUAACCACCGAUGGAAACACAGGUAUGGAUAAUCCGAUAAUAAAUAAGUUAUGCAAAUUCUCAAUUUUUGUUUACACUUAAAAAUAAUUGUUGUGCCUAAUUCUUAGAGAUCAUCCCGUGACGUCAUUUGCGGUAUUGUCAAUACUAUUAAAACUGUGACUGUGAAUGUUGGUACCCACUAAUGAUGAAUGAGAGAGAAUGAUGAUCUAUGUCUAUUAUAAAUAUCUACAAAUAGACUACUAAAUAGUAAUAAUGCAAUUCAUGUCAUAAUCUUAAUUAUAAUAUAAUUCAUACAAUUAUUAACAAUAAAAUUAAUAAUUCAUGUACUCACACUUUUCUUCUUUUAAUGUUAGUUAACUUACUUUUAGUUUGGCUAAGUUAGGGUUGUCCUUAUAUUAUUAUAAUUUUUAAUUUAUAUAGCCUAUUAAGUAAACAGUAAAGUAUUAAGAGUGAAUUAGACCUAGUUAAAGGCCUGAUUCAACUGUAUAUUAUAUUGAUCAUUUUUUGUGGCAGCAGCAGAGGACACAUAAUAAAUGACAUUAUAUAUAUCCUAUUAUAAAUAUAUUUAGCUUGUUAAACAAGUGUUUGACCUAAAUCAGCGGUUCUCAACCUGUAGGUCGAGACCCCUUUCGGGGUCGCACGACCCUUUCACAGGGGUCGCCUAAGACCAUCUGAAAACACACAUACUCCACAGUUAUAAAGUAUCAACGAAAAUAAUUGUGUUUUGGGGGAUGCCACAGCGUGAGGAAAUGUAUUAAAGGGUCGCUGCAUUCUAAAGGUUGAGAACCACUGACCUAAAUAUUAAUUAUUAGUCAAAUGUGUAUCAAAAUUCAAAAUGGCUGGGGCUUUUUUUUUUUUUUUUUUUUAAUCAAAAUGAAACUCAGUGCCUUGGUAUACUUUGUGACUUUAUGUUUCAAAAUUUUUAUUUAUUGAUAUGUUAAUGGACCCCCCCUUUUAAUCAACACCCAACUGUCAUCAGAGUCAGAGUGCAAUUUUAUGUAAUAAUUGUUGUAUUGAUCUUUGUGUGUAUAAUCUUGGUUUUCGCAGUAUGUAACUCCCCCAUCUCCUAUAUAGGUCUUUAUAUAUAUUAAGGGAUACAAUAAAGAUGCUACCCAUGACUCAUCUUGUUUAUAAUGGCAUUACAUUCCUAUUUCACCUUGCAUAGUUAAUAAUGACAGAUACUACUGUUUACACUGUAAAGAGUGAAAUCAGAAGUAAAAAAAAGUCAGAUAAACUAAAGGUAUCCUUAUGACUUUUAAAUUUAACUCAAUUCAAUCCCUAUACUUAGACAAGUUAGGAAACAUCAAUCUCUGUCCAUUGCAAAUUCAGCUUUGGUUGUAUUGUGCUCUGCCUUAACACCAGCCUUUUUAUUAAAAAGGCAAAGUGAGGUGAUAUGAUUUAAUUAAUCUUUUCCUUAAAACCUCAAACUUGCAUUUCAUAAAAUUUCAUUUAAAGUUUUAAAAAUAAUUUUAAAAAAAAACAUAUUUUACACCACAUUUAUAACCUUCAUCAAAGUGCAUGUGACGACACUAAGCACUUUCAUUAAUAGUUCUAGAUCAUUAGGUGCAGUGUUUAACAAACCGUUGCUUAAAAAAAUAAUAGUAAUAAUAUAUGAUAAAUAUAAUUGAUUAAUUUGCUUAUUUCUAGGCCCUUUAUCUGCAAGACAGAGUGUAGAAUCUAAUCCUACAGAUGUGUAAGUAUUUAAUGUCAUGUCUAAAAUAUCACAUUCUUAUCACAUAGUGCUAUAAAUGAAGGACAACAGUUACCUUGCAGUGGAAGCGUAAUCAGUUUUACAUAGUUGGAAAUAGUCUGGUACUUAAUUGUUUUAAUUUAUUGGCAUUCAUGAUAUGCUGAUCCCUCUUUAAAGUAUUAUCCUUUAUUUUCAAUGAUAAAUAAAAAGAAAAUAUUAUUGAUAUUUUUGUAUCCAUGUGAAUACCUAAAUCAAUUUUUUGGAAAACUUGUUUAAAAAUUGGAAUUUUAAGGAAUUUUAUCUUCUCCUAUAUUAUAAUAUCUUACACUAAUAAAAUGUAAUUUAAUAACACACAGGAAUGUAUCUGGAGAUGCAGGUGAAUCUCAGACAUUAACUCAGGCCAUGAAGACCAUUGUUGGAUCCAGGCGUGGUCAGAUUAUGUAGGUUCUGAUAUAAAUACUUAAAUAGAUUCAUUUUAUUGACGUGAAGUUAUACACAAACAAUACAAUGCAGAUAUUGCAAAGGUUGCAAUAUAUUAUUUAAGAUAAACAUAAAAUUAUAUUUUUUCAAGAAUCUAGUGAUUAAUUUUUAGUACAGUUUUUAGUUAACUUAAGGCAUCUCAAAAUGUCCUUCUUAUGGUCCAUUUUUUCUGGUUUUAUUUAUUUGUUUUUCCAGUAAAAAAAAAAGAGGGGGGGGGGAGACUGCUAUUGAGUUAUAAAAUAAGUUUUAUUUACCCAUUGUUUAACUGGUACACAUAUGCAUUGCUAUUGAUUUCAUUUAAAGCCUUUAGUUAAAUAAUGAAUGACAGAAGUGUUGCACUCAGAUCUUAUUUUCUCUUUAAAGUAACCUGGCAGAUAAUGUAGAUGAAAACAGUGUCAGUGUGUACAGCCCAGAUGUUCAAAUAUUUGUUGCACCAAGUUCAAAUAGUUACGUAGAGACAUCAUCGGGCAGUAACAAGGUAUUGCAAUUGUCAUCAGUAACAUGAUAACCCACUAACUCCUGUCAGUAACAUAUGAUAACCCACUGACUCCUAUCAGUAACAUAUGAUGACCAGUCACUCCUAUCAAUAACAUAUAACACGCUCACUACUAUCAAUAACAUAUGAUAACCCACUCACUCCACAUGACUUUUUCAAUUAAAACUUUAACUGUCUGUUGUACAUAUCUUCAAUCGUGUGAUAUUUGAAAGGAAUGAAAUGAAAAAGACCAAAUGUCAAACAUCUACAGGUCAAGAUAACACCUGUGGUCAACCAUGUGUGGGAAUCAAGAUACUACUAUGGCAAUCUUGUGGCAGUUCACAGGGAUUCUGUCUUUGUUGCCUACGUCCUCAGAGGUAGAUAACCACUGUUAUGCAUCUUAACCUGACAAACAAUCUGAGGAAGCGGUACUGAGCACGAAGCUCUUAAUCAGACUACCAAAAAUUUUUUUUAACUAUGUAGUAAUUUAAAGAUGUGAUUAUUUUCACUUCUGCGGGAACUUUGACUUUUUUCUCAAGGCUUUGUUUUUUAUCAAAAUAAGAAGCAGUUGAACUAAAUUCUUUAAAUGUAUUUUUUAUUUUUUUAUUUUUUUUUUGGUGCAAAUUUUAAAAAUAAUUUGUUAUGUAAGAGAAAACUAAUUUUAUCAUCAAUAGUAAAUUCACAUCCUCCAUUUUUAUCCCUCGUGUCAAAGGGCGUAAUGUUUAUCAUAAAUAAAAUAAAUACAAUAUGUUCUGUGACAUUAAAGGCCUUUGCCAAUUGAUGUUUAUCUUUAUAUUUUGUUCUAAGAAUAUUUAUGACACCAAUUAGGAGUUAAUUCAAUUGUUAUCGAGACUUGAUUAAGACUGAGGCUUUUUAAAAUGUUUUCAACUAGAAGGUUAAGUAUAAAUCUGGCUGAUAUUUAGGAGUGCUUAUUUUCUGUCCUUCAGGUAAGACCGGAGGUAAUGUUCGUGUUAUAUCCCGUAAGACUGCCCACAGAGUUCUCUUAAAGUCAUUCACCGGGGCGGUCAUGGACAUAGCAUUUGCGUUAUCAGAUGACGUGUAUCUGGCUGCUGCAGAUGAAGGUGGGAGCCUUUUUGUUUACUCUUUGGUGAUGGCUGGAGAUAAUAUCUCGUAUCCUCUUUAAAGCAAUGUUGAAUGGGAUAAAGUAACAUUUCUGUGUAUUAAAUAUUCUCUUAAUGCCUAGUUUCAACUGAUAAAAAUCUAGGUAGAAUGGUCUUGUCAAUCAGUAAGACAUGAAUGGGGAGGAAAUUAAACCUUUACCUCUGUUGUCAGAAGACAGUAUCCAGCUGGUCUUGUGGCAAAAAAUCACCAGUCUUCGUAAAUUAGUUGCAUUCUUACCAGUUAAACUACAAUGUUUGAAUACAAAUCCUAAAUUUAAAAAAAAAAAGGUUAAAAAAAAUAUAUAGUUAGCAGACAUCUAUGUGGUACAAAAUUAUUAUUAUUUCUUUAAGAAGAAUUCUUGAUUAUGAUAAAUGGAAAGGUAAUAUGAUUUCUUAAUGAAAGAAAGAUCAAAUCUGAUUCUCCACAUUGAGAAGGAAACUUAUGAUAUUGAAUCUAGCUUCAGAUCUAUGACUAGGGUCAUCUGGUGUCCUUAUAUGCCUGAAGAUGAUGCUGACACUGAAGGUGUGGACCCAGCCAAAAUGUUGGUCUUUUUGCAUGGAACACAGGUAUCUGUUGUUAGUUUUAUUGAAAAUAUGUUCCUACCAUCAGAGUAGUAGAAUAAUAACUUAAAAUAAUUACAGGUAACUGUGCAAAUGUAUCCGGCCACUACUAUGGUUUUGUUUUCAAUUUAACUAUGCAAAUUAAUUUCUAGCUUCAACAAAGUAAUGUUCAAUUUCAGGCUGAGGUGUGGAAUGUAGAUCUUGUGUCCAGUCAAUAUGGCUGUGGUCCUGUAUCCUCAAAAACAGUUUCUUCGGGUGUGAUGUGUGUAGAACCAUAUGAACCUAUGAUGGUGAGUAGGUGAUUGGGUGUGUGUACAGUGUGUACAAUUAGCUAAGACAUAUCAUGCAACACAUUAGGAAAUAAGUGAGAAGAGAGAGAUUAUGUUAAUAAUGGGGAAAAGCAUUUACUGUUAAAGUGAUAGAAUUUUCAAAUUUGGUCAUUUUUGUAACUCUUGUGAAUUUGAUUCUUCAUAGCUUAGUUAAGAAGAAAAAUAAACCACCCAGGAUAAAUGUAUUAUAUAUAUAUAUAUAUAUAUAUAAAAUUAGCUUUGAGACCGAAAGACUUCCUAAAGGAUUUAAGAAGCACCAGAUUAAAUAAUUAAUGACUUGUUGAUAAACACUCUGUACUUGUUUUCCUAUGUAGCCUGUUGCUAAUGCUGCCUUUGCUCCAGAUGGUUCUGCAAUAGCUGUUGCUUACCAGUCUGGCAUUGUGAAAUUUUUCUUGGUGGAUCUUGAAAAAGAAAACACUGAAACAGAGUAAGUGGUUAACACUGUGGUUCUCAACCGUCCUAAUGCUACGACCCUUUAAUACAGUUCUUCGUGUUGUGGUGACCCCCAACCAUGAAAUUAUUUUGGUUGCUACUUCAGAAAUAUGUGUUUUCUGAUGGUCUUAGGAAUAAAAAAUGUCUUACAUUGUAAAAAAAAUUUGAUAUUGCCAUCUAUUUGUAGAAUAUUGUCAGAAGAUAACAUGAAGUGCAAACAUAACAUAAGGGGCCCUAAUGUUAAAAAUAACCAUUUGUAACAUAAUUGUUAUGGCAAAAUGAUUCUUGGUUUUUGUGUUAUUGAAUACCAAACUAACUUUAUUUGCUCCAGAUGCAUGUAUGACUGGAAUCCACAUGAUGGUGAACCUGUUACCAGUUUGUUUUUUCUUGAUGACCAUAAGCAUCCUGUCUCAGAGUAAGCCAAGUUUUUAUCUACUGUCAAUUUACUAUUGAUUAUAUCAACAUGGUCGGGGGAAACUGCAAAACAACAUUUGAUUAACUCUUGUUUCAGAAGAAAUUGAAAUUCUAAGUAACGGUCAAAACCUUAUUUACUGUGGAUCCUUACGCAUCUGGUAGGAGACACUGAAGCGCUCUUUGUCACCUCAUGCAAUUCUUGAGAACUUUGUUCAAGCCAUAAGAACUCAUGUUCUUGGACCUGAGCUUUCCUCAAAGAAACUACAAUAACCUUUGAUGAUGCUUGUUUUUAUCAAAGGAUGGGAUACACGUCAAGAUAUUAUUGGUAGAUCUUCAUCCCAGAUGGUUUAUCCAAUCUUAGUGUCGCUCUAGAAGUCUGGGAAUUGAUUACAAUUGCAAUUAGUAUCUUGCAUUGUGCCUCAGCCUAUAUCAUUAUUUUACACAGGCUUUCUGAAUUCAGUGUUAUUUACCUGUUCAUAAAAUAAAAGAAAAGUUCACAUUGUUGUGUUUUUCUAACUUUUAUCAUUAAUUGCAUUCCCAGCCUUCAAUUGUGGAAGUUUGCUUUGACUGGUGCUCGACACAAUACAGAAAUCAAGUUGUGGAGCUGUGAAACUUGGGCUUGUGUCCAGACUUUAAAGUAAGUCUAGUUUUCUUUUGGCGAGAGAUCUGAAAAGUGCCAAAAUAUCAAAUGCUGUUGGCACCCUUGUCUGGGGUCAACUAUAACAGCUGUAACUCUCAUCAUCACGCUAAUACUUUUGACAUGAAUAUUAUUCAUGAUGACAACAGCAAUACUUCAUAAAAUAAAUCUUCUUUAAUACUCUAUCGUGGUGUAUCACCACACCAUUUAACAAACCAGAACACUGUCCACUCCCCCACCAAAUGUCUCUGGGUCUUGAACGGAACUGACACUGAAAUAGCAACUAACUACAUACUUCUAGGCUACUGUACAUCAAGUGUCUCACUUUUCCUUCAUUGAUAUUAAGAUACAUUUUUUUUUAAAGUCUUCAAAAAAUGCUUGUUCAUUCUAUUCUUUGAAAAAAAGAUUAAAUUAUUAUUGCUCCUAUCUUCAACAGAUUCAGUCCCUCAAUAGAUCAGCCUAAACAGCAACUACAGUUAAAGUCUGAAAUUGAUCUCACCUCAAAGUAUCUGGCGCUUUCAGAUAUCAAUUCUGGGGUAUGAAUGCUUCUCAAUUCUGCAUCAGUUACUUUUUGUAUACUGAUCUAUACGCCUACAAAUUUCCAGAAGCUUGAAAAUAUUUAAAAUUAAAUUUUUGAAUUAUCAAGAAUAAAAAAAAAAGAAACUCAGUUUAGAAACCAUUGUCUCAGCACAACACAAAUCAGAAACCAUUGUCUCAUUACAACACAAAUCAGAAACCAUUGUCUCAGCACAACACAAAUCAGAAACCAUUGUCUCAGCACAACACAAAUCAGAAACCAUUGUCUCAGCACAACACAAAUCAGAAACCAUUGUCUCAUUACAACACAAAUCAGAAACCAUUGUCUCAUUACAACACAAAUCAGAAACCAUUGUCUCAGCACAACACAAAUCAGAAACCAUUGUCUCAUUACAACACAAAUCAGAAACCAUUGUCUCAGCACAACACAAAUCAGAAACCAUUGUCUCAGCACAACACAAAUCAGAAACCAUUGUCUCAUUACAACACAAAUCAGAAACCAUUGUCUCAGCACAACACAAAUCAGAAACCAUUGUCUCAGCACAACACAAAUCAGAAACCAUUGUCUCAGCACAACACAAAUCAGAAACCAUUGUCUCAGCACAACACAAAUCAGAAACCAUUGUCUCAGCACAACACAAAUCAGAAACCAUUGUCUCAGCACAACACAAAUCAGAAACCAUUGUCUCAGCACAACACAAAUCAGAAACCAUUGUCUCAGCACAACACAAAUCAGAAACCAUUGUCUCAGCACAACACAAAUCAGAAACCAUUGUCUCAGCACAACACAAAUCAGAAACCAUUGUCUCAUUACAACACAAAUCAGAAACCAUUGUCUCAGCACAAGACAAAUCAGAAACCAUUGUCUCAUUACAACACAAAUUAGAAACCAUUGUCUCAGCACAACACAAAUCAGAAACCAUUGUUUCAGCACACUUCCAUUUCAAAACUAUUAAAAACAAAUCUUUCCAUUUAAGUCAUUAGUUUUUAAGUUGGUUAUUCAUGCCUUCAGCUAGAGGGAUUGUUAGUGCUUUCUGGGCCACUUUUUCUCAACCUGAUAACCAUCAUGUUAAGAUUUACUUACUUUAAACAAACAAUACCUAUGUUAACAAACAAUUAAAGUUUCUUGUUUACCAAUAAUUAGAAUGUGGAACUUGGCCUGUAUUGUAGGUGCUGUACAUGCUUCAGAUUUACCAGGACUACAGCAGCAGCACCUCACAUGUCAGCUCACUGUCACAGUUCUCUUUAGCUCACCCUUGUCUCAGCUUUGCCAUAUUUGAAGCAGGUGUAAAAAAAUUCAGACAUUCGGCUAAUGAUUCCCACCUGGAUGAGAUAACAACAGGUGAUUUUUAAAUAGUAUUGUUAGUAUUGCAAGUAAGACUGAGAUGUUGUGUCUCGUUUGUGCCCCCGUUUAAAUUUGUAGUAAUUUUUGCUAAAGUGGUAAAUUUUAGUCUCGGAUAUAAAAUAGGAAUAAACUGAAGGAAAUGUGCACAAAUAAGCUGAUGGAAAUGUGCCCAAAUAAACUGAUGGGAAUGUGCACAAAUAAACUGAUGGAAAUGUGCACUAAUAAACUACUAUAGAUUUAAACAAAUUGCAUUAAAUUCUCUCAUUUUUUAAAUAAUAUUAUAAACUUUUUUUAAAUGUGUGAAAAUUGAUUAAAUAUAUGUAUAGCAUUGAAUGGUGUUUGAAAAAAAGAUCAUCAUCAAUAUUGGUACAGCCCAUGGAAGGCUCUGUCCUGCACCACCACAUUCUUUCAUUUGGGAUGAAUUACAUUUAAACAAAUAUAAUACCAACAGAAAUAGUUGACAAUUGUUGAAUUUACACUAAUGAAACUCUGAAUUAAAAAGUGUUUUUAAUUGGUAACUGAAUGUUCACUUAUGCUGUAAAUGGUGACUAUUAAAUAUAUUUUUGUGUGUGCCAAUUCUGUUCCAUAACACUGUGAUCCCAGUUUUUUGUCCUGCGCAAUAUAAAGUUUUGACACACUUUUUUUAACAAGUUUUUCAAACAGGUUUUGCUAUUUUAAAAAAAUUAUGAUUUUUCCUUUUCAAUAAUUGUUUCUUCCAUUGAGCAAUGUUGAGCUAAUUUAGUAAAUGCCAACCACUUAGUGCAAUUUGUUUUUUGUGUCCAGAACCUAAUAUUUGAGAAAGCUUGGUCUAAAUUCAUUAGUGUGGUAAAGUAGGCUGAUACGCUUAUCUUGGUGUUUUAUUAAAAGGUGAACUGGAUGAAAACCAUGAUGAAGAUGAAUUUCCCGAAGGAAGGAAUGGAUAUCAAGCUGAGGGCAAAGUAACAAGCGGUGUCCAGAUAAAGAUGUACAGUGUUCACAGCAAGUAUGUCAGCCGAGUGAAAAUAAAACAUUGUAUCAACAUUUGUUAGUUCCACUGGCACUGUUGUGAACAGGCAUUUGAUAGUUGUCCAAGCAUUCCCCCGCCUCCCAAUUUUGCCCAGUCUGAUAAUCCCUAGAGUUGUUGGGAUUAAACCCAGCGGUCUAGAAAUGCUUGGCUUGCCUAAUAUACCAUAAUACUAACAGUAAUAAAAUUCAAAUAACAAAUUAGGUUAUGAUUUUGAAAUCAUUAAAUGCUAAAGGAGCUGGAUGGUUAAUUUGGUAUACGGCUCAUUGCAUAUCUCGAACUACAUGGAGUUACUUCAUGGAAUAAAGUUAAAGUGGAUGCAUGAGAAAUAAUCAUUUGAUGAUGUCAUUUUUUUACAUUUUGACAGUUAUUUAAUGCUAUUGUUGGUAUAAAGUUUCUUUGUGUACAAUUUAGUUUUUAACCAGACUAACACUUGACAUUUUAAAAUUUGUAUGAAAAAUAUGAACUGUAGGUCUCUUCAAGAGCUUCUGAUUCGCUACAGACCAGAGACAAGUGUUGCUCACUACCACACUCAAAGCCUCAGCUCUAUGUCACAAGAAGAGAUGGGUGAGAAUAGUUUUAAGCAAACGUUUAUAUCAUAUUUAUUUAUUUUUUUUUUAAAUGGCAUCUGUCACAAUGAGAUGAUAGUGUAGACUUCACAGGACGAAAUAACGAGGCCUGGGAUUUUUUUUCUUUUAGGACUAUAAGCUGGUUCCCUAGACAGCAAAUUGCCUCUCUCCACGCACCCAAUACAUGCAUACAUAGAGAUGUAUAAACUUUUUAAUUGAUGUAAUCGCACUGAGAAAAAUACUUUAUUUGUGGUCUAAACUGGUAAUCCAAUGCAUUUGACAUGACAAGGUCUGCGUGACAUGCUGUCCGAUAUGAGCAUGGACCAAAGCGAAGCAAGCCAAGAUCUCUCCAACGUGCCCCACAAUGCAUCCCAACAAGUUCUAAUGACCCCACAAGCUUUUACAACAUCUAGUCCUAGGUAUGUUAUCAUAAUGUGCAUUGCUGUGCAAAUAAAUAAUUUUAAGAAUCUUACCAAUAUGUACAAAACUAUAAUGCAGAUAUUAAUGGUGUGAGUGGUGUAUUUCCUGCCAGUGUAUGUAAUGUUAGCGUAAAGAAAGCUCGUUUUAUUAAUGAAUCCUGCAAAUAUUUUUAAAGCAUUGAAUUUUUUAUUUUUUUUUAAAGGAAAUUUUCCCCAUAUUUGUUUACAGUGCUGUGAGAGGUAAUGGCAAGAUGGAUGGCAAUUCUCAAUUAAGCUUAUCAAGCACAAGUAGUUUCACCAAUGUCACAGCCAUGAAUGAAGAGAUUAUUGGCGUGCAUUCACCUCGUAGUUCCUUAGAUCCAUCAUUAAUUUUGACUCCCAGUAGCAAUGUUACUCAGGUUAAAAUCUGUUCUUGGUUUUUCAAACAAUUAUUUCAUGUGCUUGACCUGAUCAUCAUAGGAAACAAAUUUGCUUUUAAAUCCCUAAGAAUCAUUUUUAAUCAACCUUUUUUAUUUUAAAGUAUUCAAAUCUAUCCUAUAAAUAGUCUUUGGAAAACGUAAGGCAAUAAAAUAAUAAAAAUAAAAUGUGAAAAAUCUUAUUAUCCUUUGUAGUUUUUAGAAGAAGCAGGUGUUGUACUCUUUAGUUGUAAAUUGCGGAUGCUUAAAGUGUUUUGCUUUGCUAAAUUAUAAAUGAUCUUAUGUCCAGACUCCAUCACAAAGCAGACCUUCUCCCGGUGGCAACACCAGCUUGUCCAGCAGACCCUCUCCAAGUGGCAACAUCAGCUUGUCUGAGGUACCUCUACCUCCUGUUACCUCCCUUGAGGAAAAUGAACUGGCCACUCCAAGAAACUCAAGGGCCGGGAGCAACAGUGGAAGUCACUCCGCCAAUCAGUCCCUGACAAUGUCUGCCAAAUCAAAUCAAGAUAUGCUGGAUGAGAUUUUUUCCGACACCCAGCCAAAGGGUGGUCUUGGAACCUCCAUAGAAACAGCUUCAAGCACUGGUUCCUUUCCAGUGGGUCGUAUAUCGGUAAGGUUUGGCAGUGAUAAAAUCAAUGUCAAACGCAUUAGUUUAACAAAGUAUUGUUUGAUUUCCUUAAGAAAGAAUAUUAUUGUUUUAACCACCAGAAUUAAUUAUUAGAUAAAGCUAGUGCCGAAGCACAUGAUUUUAUAUUCACUAAUCCAAAUGAAAUUAAACUACAAAAGUAAGUAUGAACAAACUUUACUUUGUUUUAAACUAAAUUUGUCAAAAACAUAAUAUUUUUAGAAUCAUUUGAUGUUUUAAUUUGCUAUUUUAACACCAUAUAUGGGAUGGGGGCACAGACUUCUUGUAUGUUUACACAUAUUUCUACAUAUGUUUUUAGAUUUUUUUGUAUGGUCUUAUAGCGUUUAUGUUGGCAAUAUCUAUUGUGAUGCACAAAUAUACUCACAUUAUUUGAAUAGCUUAAAAAUGUGUAAUUCUAGAAUGCUCAAAGCAACCAAGAAGAAGGAUAUGAUGAGGAUGACAAGGAAGUAGCAGAAGCUCUUGGCUUACAAGAAGGAGGAGAAGAAGAGUCAGUUGAAAGGGUUCAAUCAGGGGACGUGGACACAAAGUCUGAUCUUGUUUGGCCAGAGCCUCCUGAUGUAUCCUCAGAAGUCAAACUGUUGGUUGAUGCAGCUAUUGGUCAAAGGUAAUUCUAUAGCAGUGCUUCCAAAAACUUUUUAAUUUGACCAAACUGGAAGCAAUGACCCAACUGGAAGCAAUUUCUUCCCAUGGCAGCUCAGGCCAGUAUCGGAUUUAUUGAUAACUGUUUUGUAUUGUUGAUGUUUGGCAACUGAGGGCUCACAGGCAGGAAACAAAGAAUUGUUCUUCAGCAUUCUUAAUUUCUUUCGUUUGGUUGAAAAUUGGUCUUUAUUAUUUUGCAUUAAUUGGACGAAUCUGAAUGUCAGUUACAUGUAAAUAUACACCACCACUAGAAGAUCUCUUGUGUGAUGAUCUUAUUGAUAAAAAGUCGAGGAACAAUGGAUUGAGAAGUUUAAAUAACUUUCUGCCUCUAAAAUUCUCUUUGUCUAUACCUUUUUAUAGUACCCAAGAAGAAGAAGAAGAUAAAGAAUUUUCCGAUGAUGAAAAUGAUGAAGCGGAAGUGGAAGUGGAAGAGAUCAUCCAGAGACACGAGGAAGAUGUGGACACCAGAGAUGGAGAUCACGAUUAUGCUAAGAGAUCACAAAGGUCAAAUCAUUUUUGUUUUAAGUUAUGUGUAUGGUUUCCAAAAUAAAUGAUUUGAUGUAUUUAAGUAGAACAAAAUAAGAGUAGAUUCCAAGAUAUAACGAUUUGAGUGUCCAGCUUUGAUUUUAUUUAUUUGACCUGUUUAAAAAAAGCAAUCAAUAGAUAUGCUCAAUAAUAAAUAACAAAGUUUUCUUAAUUUUUAAAAUAAUGAAAUUCACAGAAGAGGAGAGAAUAAUUUAUUAUUCCAUUAAAAUUUUGUUAAUAUCUAUGAUAAACAUCUCAACAAGUUUUAAUGAAUCCUUGCAUCUCUUUUUUUUUAGGCCAGACCCUGGUCAAGCUCAUGUAUUGUCUAGUGUAAGUUUGUACAUCUCUUUCUUUUAAACUAUCAUUUUGUUUUAGCUUAUUGGGGGGAUGUCAGUGUAGGUUUUGCUUAUCUUGUUCUUGCAUUCUUCCAUUGUGGGGCAUAAAAUUUCUUGUAUAGGUGGGCUAACAUCUGGCUACCGGUACCACUGAGAGCUGAUUCUAGUAGGUGGUUGUAGUAUUAAUAUUAAACAAAAACAAAUACAAUAUGUUAAGAUUUCUAAUUAGCGAUUGUUUUGUGAUUUAAAUACGGUGCAGUUUUGUUUUCGUUGUUCACUUCUAUUGCAGACCUGUUUACUCUUACGAUUUUGGCGUACAAUGUACGAUUUUGAGGUGUAUACAUUAUAUAAACUGUAUGUUUAUUUUUCACUAUUAAGAUAAUGUAUUAAACGAUUUUGUGAUGAUAUUGUACGAUUUUAAGAGUUUGAGGGUAAACAGGUCUGCUAUUGGUGAAUAUCUUUUGUAAGUACUUUUGAUUGGAAGAAACAUUUAAAAAUAAAGAGAAGAAAUCAUCAUUCCACAUGUCAUUUGGUUCUGAUGGAUAUUUUAAUUUUAGAUUGACAGAAGCAUUGCCAGCCUUUCAGCCCAACUCAGGCAGCAGCAGAAACUCAUGCAGGACAUGCAGGCAGAGCUCAGUCACCAGCGAGAUAUACAGCUUCAGCUUCAUCGUCAUCAGAUGGAACAGCAGCAGCUUCAGCAAAUGGCGGCGCAGCAACCCUCUCUGGAGAAGGAUAUUGGCAAGCUGGAAGACAUUCUUGUGUCACGCAUGGAGCACUCUCUUGCUCAACACAUGCAGAGAGAAAAUAUCCUUUGAAAGAAUGACAUUUAGCUAUUACUAAAUUUUAGCGCAGGUGUAUUUGGCAUGGGUAUAAAACGAUUCGGCGAAAAUAUUUAUUUUUCAGUUUUUUCUGGGAUUCCAUAUAUUUGGUUUCAAAUUUUUUUAUAUUUUUAUUUAAAUGCAUAAUUAAAAGAUAUUAAAAAGUUUUGUAAAAUAUUAUUUUGUUAACGCUAUACAUGGCUAAAAAUUCCUUUUUGUAAUGUUUUUCAUUUUUACCGAUUCGAAUCAUGCACUUAGAAUCACCCAAACACAUCAUAUUUGGUAUCAAUGAGAAACUUUAUUUCUCAGAAUUUAGAUAAAUUUAUCUUCCUUACGAAAAUAUCCGAACACUUCAAUCGGCGUUGAAACUGUGUUUUUUUGUCUGACCUAAUUAUAAGAUCACCUUAUUUCUGACGUAUUAACUGUGAACUUUUAAUAAAGCACACAUUUCGAUUAGUUACAUAUGUGGAAAAUUUAUGUGUGAUUGUUUAUCUUUUUAUGAAAUUCGGUUUGAUCGAGCAGCGUGUACUCUGUAAAUAUAAAAUUGUUCAAUUAUCUGUCACCCCUGAGAUGGUGUCACCCAGUGCGGUCUACACCCCCCUGUCUACGCCACUGGCUACAUUGAAUAAUGAAAUUUUUACUGUAGAUCGCAGGGGUUCUAUUUUAGGAAGUGUUCAAUAACUUACUGUAUGGACCAGUAGAAACACAUAGUGGCAAACAAGACCCUGGGAGUUUUAAGGCGUAAUCUAAAGAUUGGCAGCUCCUGUGUGAAACAAAGAGCCUAUGAAGCCUUUGUCCGUCCUGUUUUAGAUUAUGCAUCUUCAGUCUGGGACCCAUUUACCCAGAAGAGCAUUGACAGGUUGGAGGCAGUCCAGUGACGGGCAGCAUGCUUUGUCCUAAACCGCUACAGGAAUACCUCUAGUGUUGGCAGCAUGCUGUGAACACUAGGCUGGUCACCAUUGGAGGAACGACGACGACUAUCCAGGCUCUCCAUAAUGUACAAGAUAAAUAAUGGGCUGGUCCACUGUUCCAGUAUUAAACAGAAACUCGUCCCUCUCCCCAAAGACAGCGACGAGGCCAUGGCAGGCAGUUCUGGCUCAUACCAGCAAGAAGACAGUGUAGGAACUGCUCAUUCUUGCUAAAGAGAAUCAGGGACUGGAGCAAGCUUCCAAAAUGAUCAGUUGAGACGACACUUGACACAUUUGCAUCUAUUGACGUUCCAACCCCCAGUGCAUGAUUCCCUCACAAAGUGGCACUUGCAAUCAGUGAAAUAUCCUCGUCAACACCAGGCACAGAAACAUUGCAAAUCCCCUCUACAAGCGUAGGAGGCAAAAUUAUCAAUAAAUUGAUCGUGGGCCCUUAAUAUAAAGAAGAAAAUCUGAUGGAGUUCUGAUAGCAAGCAAAUAAAAGUCUACUUUUUUGCUGAUGAUAAAUAGUGCAUGUUUAAAUUAUGGAGUAGAAUGUGGCACAGCUGGAAUUAGGGUUAAAGCUAAAUAAAAUCUUCACAUGCCCAAUGAGGUAAAUGACUUUUAUUUAAAAAUACCGUCGCUAAAUUUUAUAUUUAUUUAAUUUGCUUAUGUAUAAUCAUAAGUACAAUAUUUAUUAGUUUUAUUGCUCUGGUUGGACUUUUUAAAUACUCUUUUAGACUAGAAAUAUGUUCCCCAAAGUCUAUAUUGGCAUGUGACAAUAUGUAGCAGUAGGGUUUGGCGAUUUCUGCAAUCACACAAAGGUUUUCCAUACAGCCCAGUGUCAUUGCUGUAAUACUCAAUUGCUUCUGAAUGGCGUUUGACCAGUGCGUUUUGAGCCGACAUAUUUUCAUCAACAAUGGUGCCCUUCAGAUCACUUUGCUGUCUUUUCUUUAACCAUUAUCACCUGCAAGACUGCAAGACUCUUUAAAGAAGAGUGAUGCGGUGAGGAAGCAGCGAGAUGACGCCCUGCAGCUUGAUGUCAUCAACGAGUUGAACAAAACUGUCAAAGAAACUGUGGGAACUGCCUUGCGUGCUGAGAUCAAACAGUCUGUCAGCCCAGGUGAGACAUGCUAAUUGCAUCGUUUUUUUAAAGUUCUAGUGACAAGUAAACAAUUUGAAAAGUGCAAUCAUGAGAACUACAUAGUUUACAAAAUUUUAGUUAAGAGAAUUUCAAAUAAACAUUUUGAUGAUUUAAUUUAUAUAAAUUUUCCCAUCCCAGGAAUUCUCCGGUAUACACUUUAAGAACACAACUUUCUUGUUUUUUAAAAUAGUUGGUAAUCCAAGACCUGUAAAAUCUAGUCUAGUGAGCUGAAUUUUUAAGCUCAAUAGGUCUAGUACACAGGUACUCAAGUGUUCUACCAUAUUAGUAUAAGAGCAAAUUGACCCUUAACAGGAUAUAUUGGAAAAAAGGUGUUUUUUAAUAGGAUAAAUUCUUGGAAAAAAAAAAAUGUUAAACUUAAUUUUCCAGUAUAAUGUAGUUGGUGACAUUUAAUGUGAAGAUUGAAAUUUUAGCUCAAACUUUAAAACAACAAUCAAAAGAGGAAACUUUAAAAAAUCACUACAUCUCUUUGGUCUAGGCUUUGGCAACAUUUUUUUUAAUAAAGGCCGCUAAGUUCUCAUCUGGCUCUGGGGCCAAAUGGAUUGUGGCAUAUUCAAAUGUCCCACAUGUGUGAUCAAAGUAUCUUUACCAUGUGUCCUACAUGUGUGAUCAAAGUAUCUUUCCAAUGUGUCCCAUAUGUGUGAUCAAAGUAUCCUUCCAAUGUGUCCCACAUAUGUGAUCAAAGUAUCUUUACCAUGUGUCCUGCAUGUGUGAUCAAAGUAUCUUUUAAAUGUGUAUUUUAUAAAGACACAUAUUUAAAAGAUGUAAGACAUUUUUCCCAACGAAAUGCAAUAAGUAGCAAGUAAUUUGUGUUUUUAUGACACAUUAGUCAGAUUCCAUAAAUUUAAUUGAGACUCUAAAUAAGAUAUUAGGAGAUGAAAAAACAUUUGAUUUACACAAUCCUCUUAUCAGUGAGAGCCAUGAAACUGGUGCUUUUCUAAUAUAAUAUUUAAUUGAGGCUCAAAGUUAAUGCUCACUAGCACCAAAUUGUUUGCAAGUGCUCAUAAGAUAAGUCUUGCUAUGUAACUAAAAUGUUUAAUUUUUGAAAAUGUCUAAUAAAACAAGUAGGUAGUGCCAAGACUGAUGGAAUUCACAAGCAAAGGCAUUUUUAACUAACUAAACAGAUCGCCUGUUAGCCUCUUAUAGAAGUCCAUCGGUUUUCUUUCUCUGCAUCUGUCUUAAAAAUGUUUGGAUUGCAGAUUGAUCACUUCAAAUUGAAGUUCAGCUGGCAGCUCAUUUAAAACAUAAACUGGUUUAGGAAGAUGUUUUUGAUAUCGAGAUAGGAAAAACUGUCCUAAAAUGCUGUAUCAAGUCAGAGUUUACUCCUUUUACUUUACAAAUUCGUGGGAAUGGGGGCUGUCGCUUCUUGCGCAAAUUUUUCAAGACAUUUGAAAUUGAGUGACAAACCCCUCAACACCUAUUGAUUGGCUUAAAUUUCCCCAUUUUUUAACAAUUUUGCUGGGAUCAAAAUUUCAUAUUAUUUUAAUACUAACAUAUAGAAAUUUUUCAUUGGAGAUUUACAAAAAGAAGCUGAAUAUUCUUGAUUCUGUUUGGUGAAUGAUGGCAAAACUAUUGUUUUUACACAGGUAUCGAUUAAUUUUGAUACUGAAUUAGUAAAUAAAAAAUAAUAUUAUUGAUUUUAAUUUAAUAAGCUCUUGGAGAGCUGGACAAACUGCGGCUUCAGACCAUAAUUUGCCGACCCAUGUCUUAGUCUAUUAUUGCAUUUGGUGACCCCGCAUAAAUCCCUUUACAAACCCAUCUGAGGUCACCUGCCAUGGGCUGGAAACCUGUGCUCUAGUAACUUGAUUAUUCCAAGAUGUUCAUGUGUCAAACUGCCUUUAAAUUAUGUAGUGGUUUUUAUUAUUUGCUCAAUCAACAUAGUAAGACAUUACUUAUAUAUUAAUUUGUUAACAUUCCUAAUUGUUUUUUUUAUUACAUACGAAACCCUUGUUAACAAGUUUUUAAAAAAAAUUUACUUGUAAAUAUUUAGUGACAGAUUCGCAACUAGAAUUAGCAACCUGUAAAGAAUGAAAACUCAUAAAAUGUUGAGUUUAUUUUCUACAGGCAGUUAGUUAUAUCCAACUUUUGUAAAACAAGCAUAUUAUUAGCUAGUUAUCCAUUACUAGGGAUAAGCACUGGAAAAUGAAGCUACUAGUAGAAAGUGACCAACCUCUCAACUAACCUUAACAUUGUUGAUCCCUGGAAAUAUCUAGAUGAGGAAAACUUUAUUCCUGUUUUCCCGUAACAAUCAAAAGCCCAGGAAAUGAUAAAUCCUAGUCAGGAAAGUGUGGAAAGCCCAUUAUUAAGCUGUUGUCAUGUCAGUUGUUUGAGUUUUUUAUUAAACUCAGAUUUGCCUGAGUCAUUUCCACCUGGCGAUAUAUCAAUGAUCAAUUUAGAUCCACUACCUUUUCCUAGGGAGCAAUAAUAGAAUAAUAACUGGCAUUGCGAUACAUGGUCACCCACUUGGCUCUGUACAUAUAUUGCAGAAACCAGGUCAAUGUCCUUGUUUGCAGAUAUAGACUAGAGCGGUGGUUCUUAACCUGAACCGAACCCCAGGGGUUCGAUGAGUCAGUCUCAGGGGUUCGGCGGAGGUCCAAAAAAAAUCAGGAAAAAAAUCAUAUUUUAUUUUUCCUAUUAAGAAGGGUUCGGUGAAUGCGCAUAUGAAACUGGUGGGGUUUGGUGCCUCCAAAAAGGUUAAGAACCACUGGACUAGAGGCUUUCUAACAACAUGAGCACUCUUGUCCCUGACUUAGUUUUACCAUACAUUUCUUUUAUUUUUUGCUAUAAUUUAUUGCAAUUUUGAUUUGUACAAAUUGUUGGGAAAAUUUAAAAAAAACAAAAACAGGACAUUUAUUUAAAUGUUGGUUAACAUGUUCAUUUACUCUUGGCAAUGGUUUACUUGAACAAUUUCUUUCAGCCUUACACCGGUUUAUUGAGCCAAUGAAAGAAAAAAUUCAUCAAGAGGUAGCUCACAGACUGACUGCCUGUGACGCUUUGCUCAAGGAAAAUAUUGCCAAAGCUGUGAAAUCAAGGGUUGGUAUUUAAAUAAACAACAGUUCAUUUCAUUGUUUUUAAUCAUUAUAUUUGAAAAUUUACUGAAAUAGAGUUUUAAAUAUAUAGUUUUUUUUUAGAAUGAUCCUGUUCUUUGUAGAAUAAUUAUACUAAGUAUUACCAUUUCAAUGCAUGCUAAUCAAGAAAUGAAUGAAAGGAAUUUUAUUUUUAAAAAAUAUUUUUAAAAAUUUUUGAAAGUUAAUUCUUUUUUAACAAUUUAUUUGUAAUUAAUUUAUUUACUGGGGACUGUUUAGUCUUGGGUUUGUUUUAAACUAUGCUGCCCUUCAACAGUCCACCAUGGAUGUUUUAGCAGCCUCUAUUGGUGACGUGGUCUAUCAACAAAUGCAACAAGCCUACACAGAAACAUUUAAGGUUGCCAUGCUGCCGUCAUUUAAAGCCACAAUGGAAAAGACUGUCAGGGAUGUUCAUGGAGUUUUUCAGCAGGGAACCAAAGAAUGUAAGACCCUUGAUCCAUGACCCAUACUUUCAGUGUAAUUAUUUCAAAUAAGUGGUGUCUGAGUUAAAAAUUAAUUUGUUAAAAUCUUCAAAUACUUCAUUCCAUUUUUUUUUUCAGCGUUUGUUUUAGACAGACUUAAACUAAUGACUAGAAUUCUUCAACCCACUUGACAAAUGUUCACAUAAAUAUCAGUCAUUUCAUUGAGGGACAGCACCCAAUGAAGUCAUUAUUUUUAUUAAAGAUCUGUUAGAUUAGAUGGACUAUAUGAUGGGUUAGAUUAGAUGGACUAUAUGAAAGGUUAGAUUAGAUGGACUAUAUGAAAGGUUAGAUUAGAUGGACUAUAUGAAAGGUUAGAUUAGAUGGACUAUAUGAUAGGUUAGAUUAGAUGGACUAUAUGAUAGGUUAGAUUAGAUGGACCAUAUGAAAGGUUAGAUUAGAUGGACUAUAUGAUAGGUUAGAUUAGAUGGACUAUAUGAUAGGUUAGAUUAGAUGGACUAUAUGAUAGGUUAGAUUAGAUGGACCAUAUGAAAGGUUAGAUUAGAUGGACUAUAUGAUAGGUUAGAUUAGAUGGACUAUAUGAUAGGUUAGAUUAGAUGGAUUAUAUGAUAGGUUAUAUUAGAUGGACUAUAUGAUAGGUUAGAUUAGAUGGACUAUAUGAUAGGUUAGAUUAGAUGGACUAUAUGAAAGGUUAGAUUAGAUGGACUAUAUGAUAGGUUAGAUUAGAUGGACUAUAUGAAAGGUUAGAUUAGAUGGACUAUAUGAUAGGUUAGAUUAGAUGGACUAUAUGAUAGGUUAGAUUAGAUGGACCAUAUGAAAGGUUAGAUUAGAUGGACUAUAUGAUAGGUUAGAUUAGAUGGACUAUAUGAUAGGUUAGAUUAGAUGGACCAUAUGAAAGGUUAGAUUAGAUGGACUAUAUGAUAGGUUAGAUUAGAUGGACUAUAUGAUAGGUUAGAUUAGAUGGAUUAUAUGAUAGGUUAUAUUAGAUGGACUAUAUGAUAGGUUAGAUUAGAUGGACUAUAUGAUAGGUUAGAUUAGAUGGACUAUAUGAAAGGUUAGAUUAGAUGGACUAUAUGAUAGGUUAGAUUAGAUGGACUAUAUGAAAGGUUAGAUUAGAUGGACUAUAUGAAAGGUUAGAUUAGAUGGACUAUAUGAAAGGUUAGAUUAGAUGGACUAUAUGAUAGGUUAGAUUCGAUGGACUAUAUGAUAGGUUAGAUUCGAUGGACUAUAUGAAAGUUUAGAUUAGAUGGACUAUAUGAUAGGUUAGAUUAGAUAGACUAUAUGAUAGGUUAGAUUAGAUGGACUAUAUGAAAGGUUAGAUUAGAUGGACUAUAUGAUAGGUUAGAUUAGAUGGACUAUAUGAAAGGCCCCAAAUGUUGUUGGUCAAAGGGUGGAAUAUUUUUAGCCUCAGUUCUCAUUCUUUUAAAUCAAUAUCUCGUGACAGAGCUGAAAACCUUGUCUCGGUACAGAAACCGCUGAUCUAUAAUAACAUUCACACAUUUAUUAAAACAUCCAUUGUCUUCAUCUUUGGUUACAGAUCAGUUGUAUAUGCGUCAAAAUGUUGACCAAAUGUUGCGUGAAAGAGUUGCGGCCCAAGAUAUUGUAAGCAGAAUGGAAACAGCUGAGCAACAGUUCAUUCAGAGUAUGGGACAGCUGAAGCAUCUGAUCAUCAACAAUGUGAGGGAUGAGCUGGGUGGACAGGUAGCUCAAGCUAUUGGCAGGUCAGUGGGGGAUGGCUCAGAAUUUAAUGUUGGGGGAAAAUGCUUAAAAUUGUUUACUUGAGUGGGACAAAAAGAAAACUUAGGAUGUUAUGUAAAAUUUUAAAAAGCUUUGACUCCACUUUUCAUCAGCUGUGCUUUAUUAGCUGUCCUCAAUAACAAUGUUAAGCUACAAUGUCACUCGGCUCAGCUGAAAUUUGGUAUGCAGCUAAGUCUGUUGACAUAUUUUAAGGUAUCAAAAUUUGUGGGAUCCUUCAUUUAGCUGUUCUCAAAUAUUUGGGGAUAAAAUUUCAAGUGAAGCAAGAAAUAAACAUGGCAGUCAGAAUAGUUCAGAUCCUUAAAAAAAACAGUCUCAUUUAUUUAAAUUAAACCCGGAGGAUGUAUCAGCCGGGCAGUUGUCUCAGUCAGUUGGUCAUCAAACUGGUCAUCUACAAUUUAAAAUGAUGAGAAUGUAAAAGUGCAUUGUAAUCACCAAAAGGUGUUGAGGAUCAAUAAAGCCACCUUAUCUUAACCCUUAGACCCCCAAGAUCCCGCUUUACCGGUCUAUGUUUAUAAAUUCCGGCCAGACCGAUAUUUCGGUCUCCCUUACCUUACCCUAGUUCGACAGUCUGUAUAUAAAAUGUGUUGUAAAUACUGAGUUCAGGGUUUAUCAUGUGACUUGCGAAAGGUCACAGUAAUGGCAGCGCCCAUGAAUGCAUUGUUUUUGUUAUGUUUUAGUAAUGUUUUUGAUGUAUAGUGGUGACGAAAAUACAAAAAUUGCUAUUCUAAUUUACUCAAACCAGAGCAGGUUUAUGACGAUACAAAUGAUUCCAAGGAUUAUUAUGGUAUUUUGAAAAAGGAUUGAAAUAAAGGAAAUAGACAAUGAUAGUGAUAGUGACAAUCGAUUGACUUCAACUUCUAGUGCUGUUGAUGUGUGUGUGCUUUGGGAAUAAAAUAAACAACACAAGAUCUACCCCUAGUCCUAACCCUGUCUUUUAUGAAAAAUCAGGAUCCUAUAAAUGAACUUUUACUAAGCUAUUUUACACUAUUUCUCAGAAAAUUUUCUCCUUAUAAUAGACUACUAACAGAUAAAUUUAAAUUGAAAUUUAAAAAAAAAUUAUUUAAUUUUAUAAUCAUUUGAUUUUGUUUGCUUCUGUUUCAUUUUGUGGAAUUUUACCCCAGGAGCCCAGGAGUAUAAUAAUAAUAAUAAUAAAGUUUAUUUCAAAAACACGCUUCAUCCCCAAAGGCUCGAAGCGCGGUACAAAGUCAACUAUAAUUUACCACAUUUAAAACAAACGCCACACUACAAAAACUAAUUACAAGCAUACCAAGUCAAAGUCUUUCUACCCAUUUCAACCCCAAGCAACACAGCCAAUAUGCAUUAACUGGAAAAUAUGGUAGAUAAUCAUCCCAGAAGGUGCUUGCGAAAUAGAUGUGUCUUUAAAGGACUCCAGUGUCUGGUUGUUUCUGAGAUCGACAGGAAGGGCGUUCCAAAUUGUUGGACCAGCAAAUGCAAAAGUGCGCUUUCCGUAAGUCUCAAGGCGAACACGUGGUGUCGAGAGUUUGCCACUGUCGGAUGAGCGAAGUUGUCUAGUGGGUACAUAAGGCGUCAGCAGCUCUUUCAGAUAGGACGCGCCAGGUCAUGUAAGCAGCGGUAGCACAAAGUUGCGAUUUUGUACUCUAUGCGAGCACGGACCGGCAGCCAGUGCAGCUCUCUCAGAAGUGUUUUAGCAUGGUCGAACUUGCGUUUGCGAAGAACAAAGAGUAUGAGUAUUUUAGGCCCAGGAGCCAAGGUUUCAACCUCCUGUUAACAUUAAUUAACCUAACUGACAUAGCAAUCAUGUGAACAAGUAAUUCCAGAUAUGAGAAACUUUUUCUUCACUUAAAAUUAAGUCAUGAUUAUAGGCUAGUUUAUUUGAGGCUGUCUUUUCAUUGACCUAACAUUAUGCUAUUUAUCUCACAGCAUCAAAGAAGAUCUUCUUAAAGAUGUUCGAAAGAUUGUAAAGGAAGAGGUGGGCACAUCUUUGAGAGAACACGGGACGAGCAUUAGCAAUCAGCUCACAUCCUAUCUCCGAUCAGGAGCUGCAACUCCUGUACCAUCAACAACAGAACAGGAAGAUAGUAAAGAUAGAAUAAUGAGGGAGCUUCGCACAGGAAGAAUAAAUGAAGCAUUUCAAAUUGUAAGUACUAUUUGAUGAUAAAAAUUAAUUUUAACUGAUGAAACACAACUGAUUUGCCCAGUUGACAUGUUGAUGACAAAACUGCUUUGAUCCAUCUUACAGGCAUUGUCGGCCAGCAACUUGGAUGUUGUGGUGUUCACAUGUGAAUCGGCCAAACCGCUGGACAUCUUCUCUCAGAAGCAGUGUCCACUCACUCAACCUGUACUCUUAUCUCUCAUCAGUCAGCUCUCUGCAAGUUUGGAGAAAAACUUUGAGCUUAAAAUAAAGUAAGUUAUAUGCAAACUCAAUGGUUUUGUUAAAAGUUACUAUUGGAGCUCUAGUUACAUGUUUGAGUUUUGUACAAAUAUUGGGUAUUUAAAAAAAUAUAUAUUUAGGAAGAGUCUAUUCAGUUCUGAACAUUUUGAUGUAUAAAAUGGUCAAGUGGUGUAAGAAAAUAAAAUGGUUGUGACAUUAUCUCGGUCGUGACAUAUUAUCUCUGUUGUGACAUAUUAUCUCAGGUGCAGAAAAAAGUUUAUAAUUGAUUUUUUCCACAGAUAUUUGGAGGAAGCAGUCCUUAAUCUGGACACUAGCCAGCCAAUGACUUCAGAACAUAUUCCCAAUGUCCUUGGAGGGUUGGUGCAACGAUUACAAGCCCUAGAAGUCAAUAGUGCAGAUACAAGGAAACUGAAAAUGAUUAAAAUGUUGAUGAUGGCUGCGAAGUCUUUAAUGACUUGAUAGAUUGUGUUCAUUAGGUUUAAAAACAUUUCAUUCUUUUCCAUUGGUUUUUACAUUUAAAAGAUAAUACGACCACCAAUAACAACAAUGAUGGAUGCAAUUUAUAACCAGUUUCCAAAUUAGUUUUAAAAAUUUAGAAUAAUUUUAAAAUAUGUUGCGAUAUAACUUCCACACACAAUGUUUUUUAAAUUCUAAAUUAUAUUCCACUAUCACUACUUAUCAGUUUAGAAAAUAAAUGAGAACAACAAAAUAUGGACUUUGAGAGUUGUUGUUUUUUUGUUGUUGACUGAAUAAAUAAAUUGAAGUUAUUGAAUACUCUAAAAAAAAAAGCACUUCCAAGGUCAUGGAUUUAAGUUUUUUUUUUAAAUAUUAAUUAAUUUUUUUUUACUUGUUGCAAAUGGGUUACUGAAUGAAAAAUUGUUUUCUUAGUUUCAACCCAAGCCAAGAAUAAUUGAUGAAAAUGUAAUUGCCAUGUGUUGGCACAUUUAAACAGUGAUGUAAUUAUUUUUUCAUGUUUUAACAGACUAAAUAGUAAUUUUUUCCCCAGAAAUGUGAC